UUUAUGUACAUUUUGACAGGCUCUGCAAAAUGAGUAGGUGUCAAUAUAUUAGUAUACAUUUUCAUCUGAUUAAUUUUGAAUCUUGAUAAACGUGCUAUUACUAACAUUUGACAACAUGUUGAUUGACUGGAUAUCUUCAGCAUUCAAUUCUCCUGAAGAGAAUAUCAGCAUUGAGGAAAAAGAAGAAGAAUUUAACAAUGUGGUUCGAGAAAACAUAAUUGGACUUCUAACAUUCAUCGUAUUAUACAUAGCAGCAUAUUGCAUCAUUGUUUUUCUUCACCGGAAAAAAGAGAGAGAUGAAUGGUAUGGUGGAGAGGAUGAGGCAAAGGUUUAUAGGAUAUCUUUGUAUCUUUGUGCCGCCACGUUAGCAGUUUCGAUAUCAGCAAUAUUGAUGUUGCCUAUGUCUAUGAUAGGAAAUGAAAUUGUUCAUCUCUUUCCUGGAAGCUACUGGGUACAAUGGUUGAAUGGAGCAUUGAUUCACAGUUUGUGGGAUUGGACUUAUGCUUUGAGUAAUUUGUCUGUCUUCGUUCUUCUACCUUUCUCAUAUUUCUUCACUGAAUCAGAGGGAUUCACAGGGCAGCGGAAAGGUUUACUGCCAAGGGUUUAUGAAACUGUUACAGUACUGUUAUUACUUGCAGUAUUGGUUUUUGGACUCGCUGUUCUCGCACUCGCAUUCUUUGACAAAGACAAUUCUGGAUUGCAACUCCUCACAAUUGUCGGAGAAUAUUAUUUGCAAUAUCUUUUUUCUUUUCUACUCUGCGCAUUUGUUAUUAUUAUGCUGACGUGCUCGCCAUUCGGUUUUAUUCUAUUGUUUGACAUGGUCGGAAAAUUAUUAGUCAAACCAAAAAUACUCGAAAAUAAUGAAGAACAAAUUAAUGCUGCAAAAUAUGAAGAGGAUACAUUAAAGAGAAAACUGCGCAGUCAUGCAUCAACAUUAAGAUGUAGACAAGAUAGAGAAUCUUUGAAACGACAAAUGGAAGAAGUCAGAACAACAAGGAUGGAAUUAGAAAGAAGACAGAAAGCUUCUGCUUGGGAGAGAAAUUUGGGAUAUCCCCUAACUAUGCUGCUACUCAUUAUUCUCACUGGCCUUGCAUUAUUCUUGGUUGUUAUUCAUAUUCUUGAGCUUGUAUUUAUUGGAGAUAAUGAAUUACAACCGAAGAAUGAGAAGGGAGCUUUUCAUAAAGACUACAGAAGUUAUUCUGCCGAUAAUCAAAAAUUUCAUCAACAAGAAAAAAGUAAACCAUGGGGUUUGUUUUCGAGCGUUCUGAAAGACGAGCAAAAUAAUCAUAUGGCAACGCUUGGUGCGACUUCUUUAUCUGCUUUCGGUAUUGUUGGUACAAUGCUUGAAGUUGCUGUUAUAUUUUAUCUGAUGUUGGCAUCUGUGGUAGGAUUAUAUAAUCUGCCUGGAUUCAAAAAAAUGAGACCACAACGUCAAGACACAUCCAUGACAGGAAUAAUAUUUAACUGCCUUACUAUUCAACUUCUUGGUUCUUCACUGCCAGUACUUUGUAGGAUUCUAGGUAUCACUGAAUUCGUUCUUCAAGGAAGUUAUGGACAAUUUUCAUGGCUCGGAAACUUCUAUGUAGUUUUCUUCUGCAAUCUCGCUUUCGCUGGCUUCACAGCUUUUUGUCUCACAAAGAAAGUAACAACGAAGAUGAGAAACGAACUUUAUAAAGCGUUAGGAGACCAAACUAAAUUCUUAUAUGCAUCCACCCGAGCAGCUCUGAUAUUUCCACUUCGCAAAGCAAGAGAUAAAAAUUUCCUUCAGUUCAUUGAUUUUAUUCAUUCAUGUUAUUUCGUAGAUGGGCUAGACAAAAGACAAUCAUGGACAAGUAGAUGGUCAACAAGCUCAGCUGUGGAGAUCAGCAGCAGUCCAGCACAUUCACCACCUCCCUCACCCAGGAUAUCAUCAAGCAGGAAUAGAGAAAACAUGAAAGAAAAUGGAGCCGUUGUAAUCAAUGAGUCAAGAGGAAAUAACAAAGAUUCUGCGGCAACCACAAGCGGAAUUAUUUUGGAAAAACUCGAAGAAAUAGAUAAACUCACUACAGCUUUGGCAAAUCAUGAUGAGCAUCUUCAUAACACGGCAGUGCCUAAAGAAAAUGGUAUUGCAGGAAGGUGACAUCUUUUAAACCAUGAAGCUGUCGAAGAUUCAAUCCCAUCAUAUUUAACUGAAGCUAUAUAUAAUCAAAUGUAUGUAUGUUCACUGUGCUCACAAAAUAGAUCACUUAGAUACUGCAAAAAUAUUUUCAGAAUUUGGUUUACUUCAGAACGUGAUGCAACUCAUUUUCAUCUUCUUACACUUAGUUUUAUACCAAUUUAUUGAUGGUUAAAGAAAAGUAUGAAAGGCAAAUGGGGAAUCCGUUUCUAGGCAUGUUUUGCACCAUCAUCUAAUUUAUAAUAAUUGAAGCAAUUUUUUAUAAUUUAGCCUGGUGUUAGUAGGUUUGUAUAUUCUACUCACCCACCAUGACUGGUGAAUUUUUAAUGUAAAAAUUGUUUCGUAACCUUUCAUGCUUUUUUUUUAUUAUUCAUGUGCCUUCCAUUCGAUGUCGUUAUUUAUUGCUCGCAAAUAUAAAUGCAAAUAGCCGCCAUUGCCAUUUACGGAUUGAUAUAUACUUUCGGUUACUUUAAAUUUUCCAUAUACAAGCAUGAAUUGUAGAUUGUAUGUAUCCUUGACGAAAGAAAUAGGAGAUUGCAACUGCAAUUUACUAGUUUAUCUAUGAUUGUCUCUGGUUAUCUACGAUUUAAAUCCUUUCGCACACCUACUUACUAUCUAUUUCUGUAAUAUUUCGUUAACUUCUUCAGACCAAGCAUAUUUUAAAUACUGCAUGUUUGAUGCAUACAAAUUCACAUGCACUUGGGGAUAAGUAGUCUUGCAGAAGCUAAGAUGUAUUAUGCGCAUUUCAAAAUAAACUUCAUAUCAAUUUCUUGGGAACCCUACCAGUGUUGCUGUUGUUUUUGGGUUUUCUUUUAUCGCAGUCUAUGUUAAUAAUUUGGUUGUUGGGUUGCUUUGUUUUGUUGUAUAUUGCAUUUUAUAAUCUACACUGUGCAGUUUCAUUGUUUUCCAUUCCCAUUACAUCUAGUUUUUUUCUGCAUGGCCUAUAUUAUUUGUUAAAAUUUUAAUGUUAUAUAUACUAUUAUGAUAUAUCAUACGAAAGCAGACAGGUACAUUAUAUACAUUUUCGUUUCUUUUUUCACAAAUAAGUUGGAUUUCUAUUACUUCAGAUAUGUGGUUCUUGAAUUAGCAUAUUUCUCAACUUGAAUUUGCACGUUUUUUAAUUGUAUUGGGAAAUGGCAUAUUAAUACUAUUUGCCCUCUGGAAAUGCAAAAAGCCUGUAUAAAAAUAUAACUUUAUAUUGGAACUGUCACUGAAGCAGACAGAGAACACCAACCAAACCACACUUUCAACACAUUAUCUUCAAUAAUUUGUAUGUUUUCAAUUACAUUUGAUUUCAACAAUAA